CUUCUCCCUUGUGGUUUUGGGGAGGAAGGAGGCUGAAAAUUACUAAGAAGAAUAACACACGCAAUUAUUAAUGGCUUCGUGCUUUGUAUGGUUAGACGACUCAUUAGAUACCAAGAUUAAACAUUUACCAGAAAAAUAGAUACGAAAACAAAUGGUUUUGUCCAUAUCCUUGCAGCCCAGACAAUCCACAAAUUGGUACAAAUUCAACCAUUGAAAAACAAAUUUCCAAAAAUCCAUUGGCAACUCCCUUCUCUCACUCCCCAUCCCACCACCAAAUUUUCCAACUUCUGGAGUUCUAGAGCCUUCUUCUUCCCCUUCUCACUCUCAGCAGCUCCGACUGAUCAACUCCACACAUCACUCAAGGUAAACAGAAAAUACCCAUCAGCACAAUCACCAGCACUCCAAGUGUCCACCAAUUGAGCAUCCUUUUGAGCACUCUGGUUGUUGGUUUUGUAAAAACGCUUUCUAGGGUAGAGCUUUGCAGUCGUGGAAAUGGCGACCGGAGCUGUACCGGCUUCUUUUACGGGUCUGAAAAGCAGGGACUCAAGUUUCGGGUUUGCUAAAAGUAUGGAUUUUGCGAGGGUUUCUGAUUUGAAGAGGUUCAAGUCUGGCAGAACAAGAAUCUCAGUGAUACGAAACUCAAAUCCAGGCUCGGAUAUUGCUGAGCUCAAGCCUGCAUCUGAAGGCAGCCCUUUGUUAGUUCCUAGGCAAAAGUAUUGUGAAUCCAUACACAAAACUGUCAGGAGGAAAACGCGCACAGUUAUGGUUGGAAAUGUGGCUAUUGGUAGUGAGCAUCCCAUAAGGAUUCAAACAAUGACCACAACUGACACAAAGGAUGUUGCUGCUACAGUUGAACAGGUAAUGAGAAUAGCAGAUAAGGGAGCAGAUAUUGUUCGGAUAACAGUUCAAGGGAGGAAAGAAGCAGAUGCUUGUUUUGAAAUUAAAAAUUCCCUUGUGCAGAAAAAUUAUGAUAUACCUUUGGUGGCAGAUAUUCAUUUUGCUCCUACUGUUGCACUGCGGGUCGCUGAAUGCUUUGACAAAAUUCGUGUCAACCCUGGAAAUUUUGCUGAUAGACGGGCCCAGUUUGAGAAGUUAGAGUACACGGAAGAUGACUAUCAGAAAGAACUUGAGCACAUUGAGCAGGUUUUUACUCCAUUGGUUGAAAAGUGUAAGAAGUAUGGAAGAGCAAUGCGUAUUGGGACAAACCACGGGAGCCUUUCAGAUCGUAUAAUGAGCUAUUAUGGGGAUUCUCCUCGAGGAAUGGUUGAAUCUGCAUUUGAGUUUGCAAGAAUUUGCCGGAAGUUGGACUACCAUAAUUUUGUUUUUUCAAUGAAAGCAAGCAACCCGGUUAUCAUGGUCCAGGCAUAUCGUUUGCUUGUAGCUGAAAUGUAUGUUCAAGGCUGGGAUUAUCCAUUGCACUUGGGAGUUACUGAAGCUGGAGAAGGUGAGGAUGGGCGAAUGAAAUCUGCAAUUGGUAUUGGAACCCUUCUUCAGGAUGGCUUGGGUGAUACAAUUAGGGUUUCACUUACUGAAGCACCAGAGGAGGAGAUAGAUCCCUGCAGACGAUUGGCCAACCUUGGUAAGAGAGCAGCGGAUCUUCAGCAAGGAGUGGCUCCAUUUGAAGAGAAGCACCGACAUUAUUUUGAAUUUCAGCGUCGAUCUGGUCAACUGCCAAUACAAAAGGAGGGUGAAGAGGUGGAUUAUAGAGGUGUCUUGCACCGUGAUGGCUCUGUUCUGAUGUCAGUAUCCCUUGACCAGUUGAAGACACCAGAGCUCCUGUACAAGUCACUAGCAACAAAACUUGUUCUCGGAAUGCCAUUUAAGGAUCUUGCAACCGUUGAUUCAAUCUUAUUGAGACAACUUCCACCUGUUGAUGAUGCUGAUUCUCGGCUAGCUCUCAAAAGGUUGAUAGAUGUAAGUAUGGGUGUUAUAACACCAUUGUCAGAACAGCUAACAAAGCCAUUGCCCAAUGCCAUGGUUCUGGUAAAUUCGAAGGAGUUAUCAACUGGUGCAUACAAGCUUUUGCCAGAAGGUACACGGGUGGUGGUCUCAUUACAUGGUGAUGAACCCUAUGAAGUGCUGGAUAUUCUCAAGGGCAUUGAUGCUACAAUGAUUCUCCAUGAUCUGCCCUUUGGUGAAGAUAAAACAAGCCGAGUGCAUGCUGCAAGGAGGCUAUUCGAGUAUCUGGGCGACAAUGCUCUAAACUUACCUGUAAUACACCAUAUUCAGUUUCCAAGUGGAAUCCAUGGGGAUGACUUGGUUAUCGGUGCUGGUACCAAUGCGGGGGCCCUUUUAGUAGAUGGACUUGGAGAUGGUCUUCUAUUGGAAGCCCCAGACAAGGACUUUGAUUACCUGAGAAACACAUCUUUCAAUUUACUACAAGGAUGUAGAAUGCGGAAUACAAAGACGGAGUAUGUUUCAUGCCCAUCCUGUGGCCGAACUUUGUUUGAUCUUCAAGAAAUAAGUGCACAAAUACGAGAGAAGACAUCACACUUGCCUGGCGUUUCAAUUGCGAUCAUGGGUUGCAUUGUAAAUGGACCCGGGGAGAUGGCUGAUGCAGACUUUGGGUAUGUUGGUGGCGCUCCUGGAAAGAUUGACCUCUACGUUGGGAAGACGGUGGUGAAGCGUGGAAUUGAGAUGGAGCAUGCAACCGAUGCCUUGAUCCAGCUAAUAAAAGAUCACGGCCGCUGGGUUGACCCUCCUGCGGAAGAGUAAAAGCCGGUAAUUUCUAAUAUCCGCAGAUUGAAAACAAUAAACGAUGACUUGAUCUCGAAGAAAAUGUAUUGCCUUAAAUGUAAUCCACAGUGCAUGAAAUUAGUACCGAGUUGCGGUGCAAGUAUACAAAACAACAACGUAAUUCUCCCGUUACUAAAUUAAAACCUUAGGUUUAGCCGCUUUCAUGUUGAUCAUAUCGAAGAUUGUGCGAGUGUCUGCUUCUGAAGUAAGUACUUUUGAUUAUAAGCGUUUCCAUUCGAAUGUUUUUAUUAGACUUUA